AUGUUAAAUUAUACAUCCUGCAUCAAUGAUUGGUCCUUCUUGUAUCAGUUCUUGAAGAUACAAAACUUUCAAUCAGGAUCUGUGUCGAAGAACUGUUUUAAUCCAGAUAAGGUGUUUGAAGUUUGGUUCUUAAUUCUCACAAAUUUUUCAUUACUUUAUUGCGGUUGUUGUGGGUUUCGGCAAUCUCAUCUCACAAUGGAGAAUGAAGAGGAUCCAGUGAGGAAAUCACAGGUGGUGGAAGCUCGGGCAAAGAAAAUUAGCCACAAUGUCCGUUGCACCGAAUGUGGGAGCCAAUCCACUGAAGACUCACAAGCAGAUGUUGCUAUCCUGCUCAGGAAGAAAUCAGAGGGUGGAUUGUUUAUAGAUAUGAACUCGUUUCUUGCAUUUGGGAAGGAUUAUGUCGGUUGGAACUAUGAGCAGACUGGUAAUCCUGUUUACCUGCACCUAAAGCAGAUGAAGAAAUCAAUACCAGAGGAUAGACCUCUCAAGAAGCCGACCCUUCUCGCUAUAGUGUUGUGAAGCUUCAUGGGGAGCCCAAUAUUUCUGAUCUUUUUCCGACGCUAGCGUGGCUUGAUAUCCAUGGCGUAGGGUUAUGGAUGAAGAAGGCGAUUUCGUGGUUCGAUUAGAAGUUGGAUUCUAUCAUCAAUAAACGACUCG